AUGGUCGACUCCCUGCCGGGAAACGAGGCACUUCCUAGCCAAGAGAACGAAAUGGAAUCCAAGGACACGGCAUCGCAACACGUAUUGCCUGCCCCCACGCCGCUGUGGGUGCUCUGCUCUACGCAUCCGGCGCUGAGCGCCUCUCCCCGCAAGCACAGCGCCUGUUCGAAACCAUACGUGCCAUUAGCUGACUUUGAGAUGAAUCAUCUAUCCAGCCUGCAUAUUGCAGGACUGGCGUCGCAUAUAUCAGAGGAGGAGUUGGCCGAGCACUUCCAGAGGCCCUUCACCUGGACCUACGAGGACGGCCAUCCCCGAAAGCUCUUACUGGCCCCGUUCCAGGUUCAUUCGACUAAGAUUGUGCUUCACACGACUCAGCCUAGUCGUGCGCCUUACGCAUUUGUCCGUAUGCACACGCAAGCGGACCGCGACCGUGCGCUGGUUGAAAUGCAGAAUUCAGUGCUUGUACCGCGGCACCAGCCAGCGACACCGCUUUGCUUAAGUCUGAAUCCUGCCAAGCCGCCUCCCCAGGGCUCGUUCCUAGGCGCAGGUCUAGGCGCGCGCCACGCACCGCGUCGUGCGCAGCCUUCGCGCCGACGCGCGAAAGAGGUCCAAGCGUCGGUGCCACGGCCUCUGCUAGCCCCCUAUCGCGAUGCAGGACGCCCUGUGGACCAGUGCUGUGGCCGACCUGACUGCAAAUUUCAUCUCCACACAUGCAUCACGGUCACCGAGCUGCAUUUCCUGGAAGAGGGCAAGGCGCGGGGCAAGGCCAGCGCAAACCCCGGCCUGGUGUCGGCACUACAAUCUGCCCACCGUGCGAGUGCGUUUGACCCUAAAAACACCACCGUGUUUAUUGGAAGUCUACUGUCUCUGUCGACGGACGUUGCCCUUGACUCGGUCUUUCCUUUGCUUGGCAAGGUGUUGUCGGUCAACAUCCCCCGCGGGCAGGACUGUGGCUUUGUGCAAUACGAGCGCAAAUGUGACGCAGCUCAUGCUGUCGUCUACCUGCACAAAUUCAUCACGCCCAUGCACUCGCUGCGCAUGAGCUGGGGCCGGCUCGUGAUGGAAAAGGUGGCCGCUCGGGCGGCCGUGCGCGCGGGGCUCAAACUGCGGCAUAUUCUUGUGGAGACGUAUCCCCAGGGAAAAGUGUCGUCGAUCGUGUACCCUACGUACGAGACGCGUGGGUCGCUGCAAGAGGCUGUCGAUGGCCUGCUGUCGUGGCUCACGUCCGAAGUGGCUCUGCGUGAGUCGAGCGAUAAUACGCACUGCAUCGUUGCACUGUGUGGCCACUCGAUGGGCGGCCUCGUUUGUAUGGACGCCGCGCUUACAUUGCGCAAGAACACACCGGCCGGCCGGCCCAUGUGGCCCCACGUAUGUGGGAUCGUGGCGUACGACACGCCAUUCCUAGGAGUGCAUCCGCAUGUGUUCAAGCACCAGCUGUCGACCUAUCAUGGCUACGUCGAUGCCGCCCUCAAGUUCGGCGCAGUGCUUGCGCCGGUGGGGGGCAGUCUCGUUUCGAUGCUGCUGCCUGCGCGCUACCGGGAGACGUCCGCAUUUUCGCGGCUGUCCACCGCGUCGUGGGUUGGCAUCGGUACCGCCGCGGUGACGGCUGUAGGCACAGCGGCGGCGGCAGCCAUGACGCAGAAAGACCCCAUGUACGAAGCGUAUCGCUGGAUUUCUGAGCACGCAAGCUUUGUGCAGCACUUGUGGGACGAGCGCGGGAUGCAUGCGCGCCUGCAAGACGCCUGCAUCCCCUUUCACUGCUUCUACACGCGCCUGCCUGGUAUGCCGCCGCGCACGUUUAUUGUAGUGCCGCCAGCGUCAGCAGAUUACGCGCACCACUUCACGCCCCUCGAUACCCACAGCGCCGACGAAGUGACGGCACACAUGCACAUGUUUUCGCUCUCGACAAAUUCAUCGUAUCUGCCCAUGGGCACGGCCUCCGCGGCGCUGUUAGCCGAGUGGCUCCAGGCUGGCGGCGCGCCCUCUUGCCAUGCGAGCAUUCCAACUGUAGAACCUUUGGACUAG